AAUUUAACAAAAAGAAAAGGAAAGGAAAGCUAAUACUAGCUGAUAUGGUAUAACCCGAGUCUUGCCUACCCGGGUUCAUAUAUGUACCCCGGCACCAGUAAGACCGUCGACCACACAAGGCAAUCAAGGCAAUCCUCAAUCUUACCCGGGUACACAACCACGGCAGGACUUCUUACCCGGGUACAUCGAAGCUUACAACUUACCCGGGUCUGUAUGUACCAGCCGACACUUGCUGCACAAGUCACAGACUGACACCAUGAAGACAAAACAUAACGGUCAACUACUGGCGAUAGAGACAAGCCAGGGAACAUUCCAAAAUACUACUCCUACGCUGACACCUGGACACGUGUAGGGGAUCAAACCCCUACACGUGUAGGACCAGGAUCCAGGUACGCACCCUUGAACCCUAAUCCUUGGCCUAUAAAUAGACCAAGGAUCAAGAGUUUAAGGGUAACUUCACUUCAUACACUCACUCUUUGCACACACUCAAGCACUCAGUUCAAAUACAAACACAUACAGCCACCAUACAGCCAUCACACAGCCACCAUACACCACCUUCACCCACCACACAUAGAUAGCUUAUUUCCCGUCCUUUUAUUCCGAUACCUGCACUCAUUCUCACGCCGGAGGCGCCGCGGGGCUCAAACCCCCCUCCGGUGUUGUUUUGCAGACACCCAUCCAGCAGCUACACCGCAAGACACCAGUGCACGGCGGAUGAGCUACCGGAACGGGAUCUGGAGUUAUCAUUUGGCGCUAGAAGGAGGGGAAGGUGUCCUCUGUCCUGUGGUCACGGUGCCACUGGACUCAUCUCCUACAACAAGCCCCCGAAACGGGGGUCCAAAAUCACACCUGUAAGCUCUCACACAACACCCAGCUUCUCAAAACCCUCAGCCAUGGCUUUUCUUGAUAUGUGCAUGAUAGAAAACCUUACCUGAACAAAACCCUAAAUUUGUCUGUAGUAGAGCAUAAUAGCAAACCCUGUCUGAGCAAAGCCCUAAUCUUGUCUGUAGCACAUAAAAUCUUUUUGUCUCACACCUGCGCACAUUUUGUCACUUAACUAUUUGUGAUACUUCUGAAAAUAGUAAGUUGACUACCUGUACACACUAUUUCUGUCAUCCUGUCACUAUCUAUACUAUUUGUGGGCACUACCACCAAAACAGCAACCAUAUACCCUGUGUGAGUUCUUGAAACCAUGACAAAAAGGACACGCUCCCACCUGGGUCUUCCACAGAACCCGGAUAACCCUCAUACAGACCAGGACAACCCGAACCAGGAUCAUGCCUCAGGACCCCUUUUCACCCAUGUGAACCCGGACAAGAACCAAGCAAUCAACCCCAAUGAUGCACGGGUCACGAUCGAAGCGAACCAGUACAAGUACACCGAUGUCCCGGUCACCACCCUCCACCUAUCCCAGCUCACCAAUGUAGAGUUGGCCGAAGCCAUCUGGCAGUACCAUGAUCGCCGGGAAAGCAACCGCAGACUUGAGGACAUCGGGGAAUCCGAGGACUCCGGGAACAGCCGUCAAUCCCGGGGUUCCGUCUUCGACCGGAUCGGAGACAAAGCAAAGAAAAAGAAACAAAAGGAAAGUGAGGAAAUCCGGCUGAAAAUCUUGGCUGAAAGGAAAGAACAGAUCCGAAAAGAGGAAGAGGAAAAACUGGAACAUAAAAUCGCCCUCCGGAUUCAACUCGAAGAGGAAAAGUUGACAAAAGGAUCCCGGUCCAAGCGGUACCGAAAGGAGCCGACACCCGAGCUCAUCUCCGACGAGGAAAACAAUGAGCACGGGCAGACCAACUUGAGAGACAUGAUCAACGAACUCAAUGGGAAAAUUGGAAAUGAGUCCGGACUCGAAAUAGGAGGAACCCUGACUCCCUUCAGCCACUCCUUGGAAUCCAUUCCCCGACAAAAGGGCAUGAAACACUACAACUUUGAAUCCUUCAAUGGACUAGGUGACCCGGAGGAACACCUGCGCUAUUUUGAACAGAUAGCCCUGAUCUACUACUACAAUGAUCUGACCAAAUGCCGCUUCUUCGCAUCCACAUUCAAGGGAGGGGCCCAGAGGUGGUUCAGCCGGAUCCCCUCCCGGAGCAUCGGGUCCUGGAAAGACUUCAGGGAAGCCUUCCUCAGAAGGUUCCGAGCAAACAAAACACAUGAACUUCAUAUGUGUCACCUGGAAACGGUUCGUCAAUAUGACAACGAGGCACUUUCGGACUACAUGAAACGUUUCCAGGAAGCAAUCAACAAAAUUUCCAACCUGGAUGAGCGUGAGGCUCUGAGCAUAUUCCGAAGAAACCUGGACCCGGAACAAAAUGAAAGAUAUGUGGUCGAGUUGAUCAACAAAGAACCUCAGAGCCUGGCAGCUGCCUAUGCCAUGGCCGCAAAAUUCAUCAAAGAGACCGACGUACUCCAAGCCAUGAGAAUGACCAGACAGGGUAGCUCAAGAGGAAAACAGGUCGAAGACAGACCCAGGAAAGAAUAUCAUCAGGAUAAGAAAUUCAAACCAGAUAGACAAACCAACUUCAUCCAGCAUUCAGUCCUAAGAGAACCAGCCAACCAGGGUCCGGGUCCAGAAGUGACCCCGGUCCAAACAAAGCAACCAGAGAGCCAAAACCAGAACCUGAUUGGACUCCGUUAAACAGAUCCCGCGAGGAUAUACUCAAAGAAAUCAGACACAAACCCUUCUACUACCCACCAAAACCCAUGCAGACUCCUCCAGAGAGCAGACCCGCCAACCGACAUUGUGACUAUCAUGGCACCCACGGUCACAAAACGGAGAACUGCAUAUCCCUCAAGUAUUUCAUUGAAGAGCAAAUCAGCAAAGGCAACAUGGGGCAAUACAUAGCCCGGAACACAGCAAACAAGGGAGAAGGUUCAGGAAAACAAAAGAACAUUGUCAACGUGGUACUGGGCGGAUCCUGUUCCCCUCCUCCCAGCCCGGACUCCUGUCAAGAAGUCAUGUCCAUCCAAGCCUUCCCCGAACAAGUCAUUUCCUUCAGCUACACCGCAAGACACCAAUGCACGGCGGAGGAGCUACCGGAACGGGAUCUGGAGUUAUCACUAGCUACACUACAGUCUCCCCUGACUCACAAGUCGUUUUACAGAUUCAUCCCGCGGGGCCACCUCCCGCCUGUCCUCACUCCUCGAUCUCCCUCUCUAGAUUCAAUCGGUGUUUACGGUUUAUUAAAUACUCCGUCUUUUCAUUUAUAUUUCAUAUUUCAAGGUAUGAUAAAUUGAUUGAUUUUUAGAUAAAUUAUUACUUUAAUCUUUUUAUAUCUUUUGUAAUUUUGUAGGAUGAAAUUGUUAAUUGCAGGUUUCUCAAGAACUAGAGUUUGAAAGGAGAUUCAUGAAGGGCGUUAAGGAUGAGAAAAAGGAGAGAGUGAUAUAUGAUUUUCAUUCAUCGCUUAACUUUGAAUUCUAUAUAUGCCCAAGUGAAUGAGCCUUUCCGCUAAGAGGCAAGGUCUACAAUGCUGAGUUGCUGACAAUUGGGUUUUGUGAUUUCUUGUAUUUCCGUUGAUGCCUAAUUCAUCCCUGCUGGAAUUGUAUCAUUAUUGUUUAGUUGCAUGAUUUCAGUUUUUAGUUUCUUCUGGUCAUAAUAAUUUGAUGAUGAUGAUUACAGUAUUUGAAUUAGUAAUUCAAUAUUUUGAGCACUUUUUAUGUGCAUACUGCAUACUACAUUGUAAUAAUUAUCAGAAUGCCCUCGGGAAAAGAAUGGAUAUGCAGCUCUGUAAUAUUUAAAUUGCGGGUU